CAUAAAUCAUGAGUCGUGCAUGCACCGAUCAAACAGCUCUCAAGCACAGCCUUUCAAGGAGCUCUCAAUGAGUCUCAUGCAGGCGCUCUAGCCGUGCUUCUUUUUGCAGGCUCUGCCCUUCACCCAGCCCUCCUCUUGCUCUUUAUUUAUUCUGCAACUUUUCUCCGCUUUUGAGCUGCCUCCCCGCCACGCACACAAUGCAGAGGGGAACAGCAGCCCUUCUCCGGUGUGCCCGGUUCUUAGGCGAGCUGCAGCCACGGCGAAUCAGCUCUUUGGAGACAGCGAGGUGUUUCUCGGGUGCAGCAAUGCAAGCACAGCCUUCUGCACCUGAGGGGUAUGAUGGAACGGCCGAGUUGAAGCGCAUGAACCUGUUCACUGCAGUCAAUGACGCCCUUCACAUAGCCCUGGACACGGACCCCAAUUCGUACAUCUUUGGAGAAGACGUCAGCUUUGGAGGGGUUUUCCGGUGUACCACAGGCCUAGCUGAGCGCUUUGGCAGGCACCGAGUUUUCAACACACCCCUAUGUGAACAGGGGAUUAUUGGGUUUGGGAUCGGGCUGGCUGCAAUGGGAAGCAGGGCAAUCGCUGAGAUACAGUUUGCGGACUACAUAUUCCCCGCUUUUGACCAGAUUGUUAACGAGGCUGCAAAAUGCCGGUACCGAAGCGGGAACCAGUUCGACUGCGGUGGUUUGACGAUACGCACGCCGUACGGUGCUGUCGGGCAUGGGGGCCACUACCACUCGCAGUCUCCCGAGGCGUUCUUCACGCACGUGCCAGGCCUCAAAGUGGUCGUCCCCCGAAGUCCCUCAAAAGCGAAAGGUCUCCUUCUGGCGUCGAUUCGGGACCGGAACCCCACCGUGUUUUUUGAGCCCAAGGGUCUUUAUCGAAUGGCCGUCGAAGAGGUGCCCAUUGGGGACUACGAAACGGAACUGGGGCGAGCAGAGGUUCUUCGAGAGGGGAGUGACGUCACGGUAGUGGGCUGGGGGGCGCAGAUGCUGGUGCUCGAGCGAGCAUGCGACGCUGUUGAGAAGGAGGGCGUUUCGUGCGAGUUGAUCGAUCUGCAGACCCUCCUCCCCUGGGAUGUUGACACCGUGGCCGCUUCCGUCAGCAAGACGGGGCGACUCGUCAUCAGCCACGAGGCUCCCAUCACGAGCGGCUUCGGAGCCGAGAUUGCUGCAAAGAUCGCGGAGCGGUCCUUUCUCAAGCUGGAGGCCCCCGUUGCCCGAGUCUGCGGGUUGGACACUCCCUUCCCCCUUGUGUUUGAGCCCUUCUACCUCCCGACGGAAAGCAAGGUAGCUGAUGCAAUCAUGCAUACGGUCAGCUUCUGAUCACUGGGCGGUCUUUGCAGGGAGGUUUCUGCAUGCGUUUCAGGUUUGAGCGAUAGAGUAAGAUAGCGAGAAAGAGUGCGGAGUUGCGAUCGGGUUGUAAAUUGUACAUACGGGGAGUGUUUAGACUGCUUGCCAGCUCAAACUUGCCGAGACAUGCGAAAGAGUACAAACAAUCAGAUACAUUCUAAUUUCCAUGUAGAUGUCGGGUAUAUUUGUGAGAUAUAGCUGCAUGCAAACGCGCUAGUUGACUAACCCCGUAGGAUAAGAUAGUCAGAUCAGAAUAGUAGACACUUACUAGAGGAAACGCCCUGCUCUACGGAUGUUAGCGCUCAAAAUUCACCAAAGCAUUUCAAUUGUUGACUUAAAUUGAAGCAUGCACUGCUUUGGCUGAUGUGCAUGAUGCACGACAAUUGAAUUCAGUUAUAAGCCAGUUCAAGCUUUGCCAGCAACUUAAGUAGAG